UCGCUGUUGCGAUGUUUUCCAGCCGACACAAAGAAGACAGCUAAGCUAACGGCAGCAUCUAACGGGACACUGAGAGGAUUCAGACUGUCAUUUUAUACAGCUUUUUUCCAGACUGUGAAUAUUGAUACAGCUUAUAAAAGAAAUGUGACCAAUGACUGACUUCAGACCAGUGUUUAAAAUGUUAUGCCGCAGUCGCUAUCUGCUAACGUCAGCUAGCCGCUUAGCUGGUUAGCUUUCGGUUGCCUGACAACAGAAGCCAAACAAACACCGCUAGCAGGAUGGCGGAGGACGGCAGACGCGGCGACGAGGAGGACCGAGGGCCCGGAGCGGCUUAUCGGGGGGUCGUAGUGAUGGAGAGCCUGCUGGAGAAGCUGAAUGUACUCAACUAUGAGGAGGAGGUUCUGAGCAAACACAACAUGAAGAACCUGUCCAGGCAUUACUUUGUCUCCAGUCCAUACCUGGCGUCUAACCCCGGCGAGCAGUUCUACAUGUUCACCAUCAUCGCAGCGUGGCUCAUCAAUGUGGCGGGGAGGCCGUUUACCGAGCCGCAGGAGUAUGACGAGCCCAACGCCACCGUGUCCAACAUCCUGGCAGAACUGCGGGCCUUUGGUGUUAAGGUGGACUUCCCACCCUCCAAACUGAAGUCGGGCUCAGGCGAGUACGUCUGCUUCGUGCUGGACCGACUGGCUGAGGAGGCGCUGAGGAGGAGAGGCUUCACCUUCAGGAAGACAAACUACCCAUCAGAAAACACAGAAGAAGAGUCUGUGGUGGAGGAUGACGCCGAGCUCACUCUCAGCAAAGUGGAGGAGGAGCUGAUCGACGAAGGGGACGAGGAGGAGGAGAACGUGAUGGACCUGGAGGCUCUGAAGUUACGAAGCACUCACACGGAAGCUGAGAUGUCCUCCAAACCCGACGAGAUCCUAGAGUCGACGGUCGAUGCGACAGAGUGGAACCUGGAGGUGGAGCGUGUCCUGCCGCAACUCAAAGUCACCAUCAGGACCGACAACAAGGACUGGAGGGUCCACGUGGACCAGAUGCACCAGCACAGAGACGGGAUCCAGUCCUCACUCAAGGAGGCCAAGAGCCACCUGGACAAGCUGCAGGAGGACAUCGGGAAGACGCUGGAGAAGGUGAGCAGCAGAGAGAAGUACAUCAACAACCAGCUGGAGCAUCUGAUCCAGGAGUACCGCAGCGCCCAGGCCAAACUCAGCAAGGCCCGAGAGCGCUACCAGCAGGCCAGCGGAGGAGUGACGGAGAGAACCAGAGUGCUGGCCGAGAUCAGCGAGGAGCUGGAGAAGGUGAAGCAGGAGAUGGAGGAAAAAGGCAGCAGCAUGUCUGACGGAGCGCCGGUGGUGAAAAUCAAGCAGAGCCUUACGAAGCUGAAGCAGGAGAUCAUUCAGAUGGACGUGCGGAUCGGCGUGGUGGAGCACACGCUGCUUCAGGCCAAACUCAAGGAGAAGUCCAACAUGACGCGAGACAUGCACGCCACCAACAUCCCCGAGCCCGCCACCGGGCCCUUUGGUUAGCUCCGCAGCCUAGACUCGAAAAACCUGGCGAGGUCCGACUCCUCUGAGAGGACCUGAAGUGUUCAAGCUCAGGAAGCUGAAAAAUGUCUUCACAUCUAUUUAUUACCAACAUGUUUUUCUAUUUCCUGUAAUGGAUGUUUUUAUGUCUUUGAGGGACGGUUGGAUACAUUUUUAUAAACUUAAAGAAUUUCUCUGUCACGCUCAAUGAUUCAAAUCAAUUAAUCAGAUUGGCCACCAGAUGGCGCCAGAGUUGCGGAUAAAGGGCUUGUUAUUGAACUUAAGUAUAAAAAGUAUAAAUAAUCGAAGCAUAAUUGAAUCUUUAGUUAGCAUAGUUUUUAUUUUUGUACAAAAUAUUGUAAACACUAAAUAAAACCUUAAAAAACAGGAAAUCAA